UUUGAUUCCGAUCAACUUAUUUCUUCAAACAUUACUCUCUUUUCAAUUUUUCUUUUCUUCUCUUUCUCACAGAAGAACAAAAAAAUUCAACGGCCGACCGUUGGUGGCGUACGGAGACGCUUCUCAUCUCAUUUCAGCAGAUCUCAACUCUUCCUUCGCCGGGUUUAUUUGUUCUUCCUUCGUUUUUUGGCUGUUUUCGAUAAAUUUUUUCCAUUUUUCCAUGGCUGCUCCACCCGCAAGAGCUCGAGCCGAUUACGACUAUCUCAUAAAGCUCCUUUUGAUCGGCGACAGCGGUGUGGGUAAGAGUUGCCUCCUUUUGCGUUUUUCGGAUGGCUCAUUUACUACAAGUUUUAUCACAACCAUUGGAAUCGACUUUAAGAUUAGGACUAUAGAGCUUGAUGGAAAAAGGAUCAAACUGCAAAUUUGGGAUACUGCUGGGCAAGAGCGGUUUCGGACUAUUACAACUGCUUACUACCGUGGAGCCAUGGGCAUUUUGCUCGUCUAUGAUGUGACUGAUGAGUCAUCUUUCAAUAACAUUAGAAACUGGAUUCGUAAUAUUGAACAGCAUGCUUCGGACAAUGUCAACAAAAUUCUGGUGGGUAAUAAGGCUGAUAUGGACGAAAGCAAAAGGGCCGUCCCUACCUCAAAGGGCCAAGCUCUUGCCGAUGAAUACGGCAUCAAGUUCUUCGAAACUAGUGCAAAAACAAACUUAAACGUUGAGGAGGUUUUCUUUUCAAUAGCCAGGGACAUUAAACAAAGACUUGCCGAUACUGACUCAAAGUCUGAGCCACAGACGAUCAAAAUUAACCAAGGCGACCAAGCAGCAGGAGGUGCAGCGCCCGCUCAAAAAUCAGCUUGCUGCGGUUGAACGAACUAUUUCGAGGAUGAGAUGAGAUUUGAAGGGUACAUUCUCUAUUACUGUAGUAGCUGUUUUGGUCUUAAAAAAGAAAAACUAAUUUUGUUACAACUUAUAUAUAUUGUUUGUGUUUGUAUUCACUUCUUUGCUUAUCAUUAUUUUUACAAUCUGCUAACUCCUUUGUGUGAAAUGUUUGAUUAUAUUAGAUUAUUUUUAUCACCUAAAUAA